AUGAACAACACAGAGAGUGCUAGCUUCAGAGCCGGUGAGGCCAAGGGCCAAACCCAGGAAAAGGGGAACCAAUUGUUGAGCAAAGCUGGGGAUGCUGCACAGUCCGCCAAAGAAGGCCUACAAGAGGCAGGUUCACAGGCGAAGGCAAAAGCCCAGGGGGCUGCUGAUGCUGUGAGGGAUGCAGUGAACAGCAAGUAGUGCAAC